ACUGUCAUUACUGUCAAAUAUUUGGAACGGAAAAUCCAUCGAUUUUCACCACUUUAACGAAAAAAAUUGUUCUGAGUAAUAUUAUCCUCUCGAAUAACCAGAAUAUCUGUUGCGUGUAAUAAAUAAUGGGCAACAAGGGUGUUAUUCCGUUCAUCAAGGACUUCUAUUACGAUCCCUUCAAAUGGUCAGUGGUGAAGAGCAUCGGAUUUUUCGCAGUCGGCGUGGUCGUCGCGAGCGAGUGCACGGGCCUAGAACUCAUGCCCGCGGUCCCGAAUUAAAAAAAAACAAACCAUAGACUUUUAUGCUAAGUUUAAGUAGAACACCAAAAUGUUAAUUUUGAAUUCUCUUCUGUUUUUUCUUCUCGCCGGCGGGAUUUCGUGUGAUAAACCAAACUUUGUGAUUAUAUUGACGGAUGAUCAGGAUGUCACGAUGGGUGGUAUGACUCCGAUGAAACAUGUCCGGCGGCUUAUUGGUGAGGAAGGCAUGACGUUUGCUAACACGUUCGUGUCAUCCCCAAUUUGCUGCCCGAGCCGCGCGAGUAUCCUAACCGGGCUUCACGUUCACAACCACGGGACGAGGAACAACACAGUCGAGGGCGGAUGCUACGGGCCUCAGUGGCAGAAACUUGAGACGAACACAUUCGCCACGGCUCUGCAAGGCGCUGGGUAUAAAACUUUCUACGCUGGAAAGUAUCUCAAUGAGUAUGGUAGAACAGAUAGAGGAACAACGGUGCCGCCCGGCUGGACGGAGUGGCACGGGCUAGUGGGCAACUCCCGAUAUUAUGACUACACGCUGUCUAACAACGGCGUGCCAACUCACUCUGAAGACCUUUAUCUCACGGAUAUUAUCAGAGACAUAAGCGUCAACUUCUUAGAAAACCAGACGGAGCCGUUUCUAAUGGUCCUAGCGCCGCCGGCCCCGCACCAGCCGUUUACGCCCGCGCCGCGACACCGGGACGCCUUCAGGGACGUCACAGCGCCCAGGACGCCGAUCUACAACGUAGCGGCAAAGGACAAACACUGGUUAAUGAUGAUGCCGCCAUCCCCUCUCCCCGAGUCUUUGCUCCCCGAGUUAGACCGGGCAUACCGUUCCCGCUGGGAGGCGCUUCUAGCUGUGGAUGAAAUGGUGGCUGACGUCAUGGCUAUGUUGAAGAAGGGGGAAAAGGACAACACUUAUGUUAUAUAUACUUCUGACAAUGGGUAUCAUGUUGGACAAUUCUCCCAAGUAUACGACAAACGCCAGCCCUACGAGUCGGAUAUCCGGGUGCCUCUUCUAAUAAAAGGGCCCGCCAUUAAGCCAAACGUGACCAGCCUCCAACCAGUGAUGAACAUUGACUUGGCGCCCACCAUUUUGAAACUAGCCGGUUUGGAGGUUCCAGAGUCUAUGGAUGGAAGGGCCAUCGAUGUUUUAGACGAAACCCCAGUUAAGGAAAGGACCAUGUUGGUGGAAUAUUUCGGACAAGGCCAAGACUCGAGAGUGGACUCGCAGUGCCCGUGGAAAUAUGACGGCGAAUAUUUAGAUGAAUGCCUUCCACUAUACGAGUGCAAAUGCCAGGACUCUAGAAACAACACCUACGCGUGUUUAAGGCGCAUCGGGAAGCAGGUCAACGAUAAAUAUUGCGAGUUCAAAGACACAAAGGAUUUCAUCGAGAUCUACGACUUGGACGCCGAUCCGUAUGAGUUUAGCAACCUGAAGAACGAAACUAUGGGCGCCUUCCUAGCGUGGUAUCAUCACGUACUGAACGCUAUGGUGUCAUGCAAGGGUUCAGACUGUGACCCGACAUUGGUAGAUAAAUGAAAAUACGUAAAAUCCGACCGAAGUUAUAGGUAUGGACACUAGAAUUGUAGUCAGGCGUACAGUCUGCAGCGAUUUUGAUAGCCCUCGCAGUGCCAGUGUUAUUUAUACGUCAUAAUUUCAUAGAAGUUUGACGUUUAAAAUUAUACUUGCACUGCGUGGGCUAUCAAAUCCGCUGCAGACUUUUCAUGGUUUGACUCUAUUAUAUGAUGACGGAGUUUUUGAAAUUAGCUGAAAUUAGUCUUCUUUUCUUUAUUCGUAACGAUAGCAAGCUGAACCGCCAACUGAAAUGGUUUUAUUCUAUUUUUUUAGCUUUGUCAUUCAUUUUAAUACUGUUUUUGCGAUUAGUGCCUACUAUGUGUAGCUGUGUGUGUAAUCAAUCAUAAUCAUUCACUCCAACUCUCGGUGAUACCUAUAUUAAUGAACUAUGUAAAAACAUUCCACUCAGAUACCUUAUCUUUUAUAUUAUAAUGUUUAGGUAAGUUAGAUUUAGAUGUUAGCAGUAAUCUUUCAGUUUAAACAUUUUAUCAAAUAAGUAGUUUUUGUUAAAGAGUUAACUAGUCUGAGGUCAUAACUUAAAUCUAACGUUUUUAAUUUUGUUUUAUGUCAAAUAAACAACAAUUAAUAGAU